AUGGGGUCAAUUAGCGAGUCCAAGCCAUACAUCGAGGCUGCCGUGCCCUACUAUCCAAAGCCAAUGAAAGAGUACACUGCUGGGCAGCUUGCGCAGUAUCGCUGGCCCUCUGAUAAAUCGCUGAGGAAGGUCUAUGAUCUAAGAUACCAUCCUGAACUCGCUGUGGACAACGUCGGCUUCCAGCUUAUCUCGAUAGACCCUAGCGCUGAAGAUAACUUCGACGACCGCGACUGGGUCAUAGCAAAUAUCUACCCGCAGACACAAGACGCAAUAGCCACCGCUACAGGAGCGUCACGUGUGAAGUGCUUCUCGCAUCUCGUCAGAAGGAACAAGCACUCCGAGAUCAAGCAUAUGAUCGAUGACAAGAACCUUCCGGACGAAACGCCGACGGGCAUUGUACCGCCGUCCCCGGCGGUCCAUAUCGAUCAGUCCGCUGCAGGCAGUCUUGAGAUCUUGAGAGACAACCUGCCUGCCGCGGAGGCAGAGGAGAUUGAGCGGUCUGGCAAACGAUGGGCGAUCAUCAACCUUUGGCGACCGAUCAAGCCUGUCAAGAGAGACCCACUAUGCGUAUGUGACGCGAGGACUGUCGACAAGGACGAUUUGGUCAUCCAGCGCGUAUGGCUCACACAAAACCCCAACUUCGCUAAAAUCAGCGCCGGCAACUCCUUCGAAACGGUCGGCGUAAAGCCGAACCCAAAGCACACAUGGUACUACUGCUCCGACAUGAUGCCGGAUGAGGCUCUCCUGAUCAAGAUCCACGACUCGACUGCUCCGGGUGGACAGUUUGGGAAUGGGAUCGCGGGUGGGAUACCGCAUACGGGCUUGCAGAUUCCAUGGACGGAGGAGUUGCCGGCUAGGGAGAGCUGUGAGUUGCGGUGCUUGGUAUUUUGGGAUUGA